ACUCUUGAAGCGAGUGACGGCUGUUUUUCUUCGUCAUUUACCUUCAAAAUAAUCAGUAGAGUGCAAGAGUUACAAUUUCAGUAGAAAAAAUACGUUUUAGUCGUUCGAAAGGCUAAUGUUUGCCCCGUAAUAUAUUUCAAACAUUGCAUGAAUCUUGUGUGCCAAUUUUAAACAUCAAGUAUAACAGUUUAAAGAAGUGUAAAGCGUGAAAUUUUGGAUUUUCUUGCUGGGAUUUUUUUUUAUUCUUUUGUUAGUUUUCUUUUUCAAUUUGACUGCUGCUGUUGACAACAACAAUAACAAGGCCGUUCGAGCAUAAUUAAUUUUUACGAACAGUUAGUUACUAUGAAAUAGGAAGACGGCAUUAAUCGGUGGAUAUUGUUGUACACCUCGGAAACAAGAGAAUUGGUAUUAGUCACGACAAAAGUUUCGACGAGGUCAUAAUGGAUCCUAAGCAGAUUACUGCCUUGGCAAAGCUCCUGAAGGACAGUGGAGAUAAGGUGUUGAACUGCGAGUAUAAACUAUCAUUAUCAGGUUCCCUAUUGCGUGCAUUAAACGACGCGUUCAGUUUGAUAGUGGACAAAAAUGAGACAUUGCCUCCUCAGAGCUUUCAAGUGGUGAAACCCCACAAUGCCAAAUCGGACGUGUUCCGAGACAUACAGUUCAUCUACGAUUUCGUCCAGAAAACCAUAAUUUUGAGCCUCAAUCAAUUCAUCAACGAUGAUCCGUAUGAAUUUGAAGUGGACAUCAGCAAAUUUAGGAGCCUGAGAAAAUUGGAAAUCCAAAAAAUUCCUAUUAGUCAGAUAACGGGAAUACAACAAAUGAGAUCCCAGCUCACGGAAAUCGUUUGCAUCCGCAGUAUAUCCCACGUGAAGGAUGUAAUAACUUCUUGUGGAGGAGACAAUAGCAACGGUUUCACUUGGAAUGAACUAAAAGCUGCCAACUUUUCCUAUAACAUGAUGCACCAAAUAGAUAGCUCUCUAGAGUUUACUCCAUGGCUGGAAAAUUUAAAUUUGAGCCAUAAUCAAAUUGUGAGUGUGUCAGCGAUCAAGUGGCUUCCAAAUCUGCGAGUGCUCAACCUUAGUUACAAUAAACUGACUCAUAUUCCUUCGUUUCACGUUGAUGCCAUGAAAAAAAUACAAGUUUUUCAUAUAUCCAACAACUUUAUAGAGGAUCUUUCGGGAAUUUCACGCCUGUUGUGUCUGAGUGAGCUGGAUGCCUCCGGAAAUUGUAUCGUAGAUCACACGGCAUUGUUGCCUGUCAGCACUUUAGCCUCGUUAUGUUUCCUGAACCUGAAAGAUAAUCCGUUGGCUUGCCAUCCGAAGCACAGACAGGCAACGGCUCGCUACUUGAACAGGAAUACAUCAACUGCAAAGUUUGUUCUUGAUGACGAGCCUCUAUCCAAAUAUGAGAAAUCGCUUACCGGUAACUAUGAUAGCUAUCACGCCAUUCUGGCACCAAGACAUCCCGGAAGCGUUAGCUCGAGUGGCCUGAACACGCCUACAAGGAGAAGCGUAAUGAACACUCCAACCGGAAGCAUAUCCUCCAGGAGUAGUUUCCGCAUGGAAACAAAUGAUGAGAUGAGUUCUUCAAUCAUUAGUCAGAAGAAAAUCAAGGUGCGCCGUGCAAUCAUAUGCGAAGAUGAUCCAACUGAAGCAAGUCCACAAUAUGACACCAAAAGAGAAGUUAGUGCGGCGAACAGCAGUUUGGAAACUAGUCGUGAUCAUUUGGAAACGAAGAAAAAAAUCGAAAGCCUUCGCAAACAGUACGGCAGUGAAUGGCUUCAAAGUCAAGCUGGCAGUAUGGUGAAGAACGUAAUCGGAUUCGAUCCCUCUGUUGGCAAGGAAUUUGAAAGUGUACUGCACUACGAAGGCGAACGGAAAAAUACAAAAUCAGAAUCCGCUUCGUCCGCCCCUAAAACGAUUUCCGUUGAAAUAUCUAUAGCUAGCACCAAACGAGACAAUACUGAUGAAAAUAUCAAGACAUCGACACCCGUUGAUCGGGACUCUUCAAAGCUGUUGGAAUCGUUCGAAUCGCCCAUUAAAUCCAACGUGGGACGCCGCUCGGAAGGAGUUGCCAGUGAAGCUGAUUUCAAAAGCGUAAUUGCAGAUGAUGAUUCUUCAAACUAUCAGUCGAUGUCUGAUGUCACUACGGGAAAUGUCUCACAUUCAUUGAUACUGAACGACAUUUACGGUAAUCCCGUAGAAGAAGAGCUAGAAUCUAUCGAGGAAGAAAAUGAAAGAAGCUACAUUGUACAUCGAAUGGGGCAUCCGAAUGAAAUAAUACUUGUUGUCUCGGAUGCCAGCAUUCGAGAAAUGGAAGGCGACAAGACCAAAACCAGAUGGGGCAUCUCAUCACUGGAGGCGUGCGAGCGACCGACUUCUACCAGCAUCACACUGCUGUUCGGCACAAUUAAGAAGGACAAAAAAAUGCGCACCUACGAGAUGGACGAACAAAGCAGUCAAGAGCUGGAAUCUUUUCUGAGGGGGAUUUUGUCGAAGCGACCGUUGUCAGAGAUGAAUCAGAAGCUGUUUGAUUGUGUUGUCUGCAAGGCAAGGUUUUCUCGAGAAGUUACCUUCUCUAAGGUCAUUGACAAUUUACAGUGUCCUGAAUGCAGUCAGCCAUUCUGCGUCGAAAUAACAGAAUCGCCCGCCAAAUGGAAUCCUACUGACCAAGGCAAACACGAUAGUGAUGCUACGGUGCAACCAAUGGAAACGACGUCCGAGCUGGCCGCAGCAGUUCCGGGACCAUCUGGCUUGGGAGCCGUACUGAAGCAAAGCGACUCUAGGACCAGUAUCGCACGGCCGGAUGCAUGGAAGUCACCGGUGAAAAAUAAACCGAGAUCUACUGGUUCGCUCAAUGAUUCAUCCUCGUGUUCCCGCAUCUCGCAACCAAGCAGCUCAUGCGAUUCGAAUCGUAGCGUAGCUGGGAGUACCAACUCAGAACGCGAUCGGGAUGUGGAUUUGAUUGGCAACGAUAGCGACAUAGAAGUUCUCAGCAAUCCUAGUCAAAGCAGCAUCGAAGUACUGGAUCGAGGAUUUCACCCCAGUAGAAAACAUUCGGAAGAAAGGAAAAUUCUCCAGCUAUCCGGCUUGGAAGUUCUACAGGACGACGAUAGUCUCAACAACAUAUCGACGACGCUCAUCAACCAAGAAACCUCGACCCACGAUCUCAUUGCAAAAGUUGCCGACAGUUUUAAUAAAAUAAUAAAAAUUGAAGACGCUCCACCAACCGACAAAGAGAACAGCGUGACACCAAAACCGAGUCAUUCAGUUCUUUCCCACAAAAAAUCGUUCUUGACGGCAGCCAACUUAACCGAAAGCAGUUCAUCGGGAUCGGUGACAGAUAGCGUAUGCACUGCGUAUGAAUCAAACCAAGAUCCCAAGCAAAGCAGUACGUCGGAUAAAAUCGUAGAAAGCGACAAAUCCAAGAAAGAAUCUAAGCCUGGACUCGAUUCACCGGCAUCCAAGUCAGAAAAUUCUGUCAUUAGCACGGUACUAGGUGGAUUGUUCCAAUCAACUAACAUGUUGAUGUCCAAAACGCCAAAACCCAGCAAACCGGAUCCGAGCAGCAGUUUACCCUUUGAACCCAUUAAAUAUUCGUACGCGGAUUACUCCAAUGUUGACCACAGGUUGAAGCUAUAUCUCUACCAGAACCUUUUCGAAGACACGAAUGAAACCCUGAAAUGGCUCGUUUCUUGCGUUAUAUUCGAUGAAAAUCAACUGGAUAAGUGGCCAACGGGUUUCGAUGGGUUGUUCAUCAUGUCAACUACUAAAUUUUAUGUCAUGAAGAAGACGGCCGCUGAAAACGAUGACCCAUCAAGUUGGUUGAAAAAACAUUUGUCUGGAACAAUUGAUCGCGUUGGAAUUGCUCAGGUGCUGCCGUGGAAAAUUGGUAUGAAGUUCGUUAUCAGCGCAGUAGGUGGAAUUCACAUCAUCCUUCAGGACAUUUUGAGGACAGAUUGCUUGAUUUUAUUUUUUGCAGAGAAUCCUUUACCGGAAUACUGCACAUUUGAUUAUCAACCAUCGGAGUUGUUGACCAACAAGCUAAGUAAAGCGACCAAUGGCGAAAUGGUUAAGAUUUUGAUGGUCAUCAAUUUCUGUGAAGUGCUCUCCGAUGAUGUGCUCCAGAAUGUGCAAUUGUGUACAUUGUUGCUGACAGAUAGCCAGCUCUUCUUAGCACCGGACAUAAAAUGGCUGAACGAGAAUAGUAAAUACCAAAUCGAAUCGAAAUACACACAGCUAAUGUCGAAUCUCAUCGAACUGGAAGACAUCCAUAGCCUUUCUUGUCGGCUUAAUUUCAUCGAUGAGAAGGAAGACAAGUACGAAACUUGGCGAAUUGAUUUUGCCACAGUAACCGCCAAAGAAAGCGCCGUUUCAACGAUAUGUAACUCUUGGCAAAACAUCUUUGGAGUGCCUUUGAUAAAUACCAGCGAAAAUAGCAGUAGCAAUAACAACAAUAUUAGCAUAGUCUCCCACACAAGUCAGAUAAACGAUAGUAAAUUAAUCACGAAUAUUUCAAAUUGAUGUAAGUACCCACCGUCCUCAUAUAAUUUUACUUCAAUUGUGUUAGGCUUACAAAGGAUAAGUUUUGAAUCAAUUGUAUCAUAAUUUGCGUGUUAUUAGUUUGUGACAUACAUUUACAUAUUUUAGAAAGUGAUAUUAGGUCUAACUACCGUGGACGUACCAUAUUUGACGCGGUUAAGAAAAUUCUAAAUUCAAACACUUGUCAAAUCGUCUAAAUCUAUCCGAUUUUGUUGAAAUUUGAACCUAUGAUAGCUCAA